AGUGCUAGAUGCUACUGCUUUGACAAGGCCACAGUAACGUUCAUUUAUCCCAUGCUUAGCUAGCAGUAGCCACAGCGCAGGGCUGAAAACCUCUCUAACAGCUAAGUGUUGUGUGACAUUUGAAUAAGAAGAGUCUACAUACAUAACGUUACAAUUUUACUGUAGGAUGCUUGUAUUGUCGUUAACAUACAUUAACAACUGGGUCGUUUACCGUAAACAUAUUUAAGUUAAUAACGAGCUAAUUAGCAAGACCUGGCUAACGGCUAGUCAGUUAACGUUAGCGAUAAAUACCAACACAGAGUUGUCUUGUCAUGAGCACAAGCUUGUCAAUAGCGUUAGGCGUACUGUUAUAAUCGGUGUGUUGACCUAGUAGAGAAUUGGCUCACAUCGGCAAGAUCAUUUUUAAUGUUUUAUUUAAAAAUGGGUUAGAAAAGCACCGUUUUCUUAAUGGAAACGAGGGUUCGUCCUACUCAACUAACGUUAAUAGCUGUUACCUGGCCUGAUAGCUAACAACACAUAGCUAACAUUAGCUAGCGAGAUCCCUCUAUCGUAAGUUAAUCGAAGUGUCAACGAAAUUAGCUAGCUGUCCUACUAGUAUCCCCUGCAAGUAGUGCUGACUAAUGCAAGGUUAGACGUUAUACAUUUGUAUUCCUUAUUGUUUGACCAAAAGAGGUCAAGGGUAAUUUCAUCAAGCUAUCUGUUAGCUACCUGGACCUGGCACAUAUUCCAAAGAACGUCUCCAUGGUGUUACGUAGACUCUUGAGGAAGCGUUGGGUCUUGGGGGUUGUUUUUGGAUUGUCCCUGAUCUACUUUCUCACUAGUACAUUAAAGCGGGAGGAGCGGACCAUCGGAGACCGGACCCUCUUGGAAUUGAGGGACUCCGAUCAUCACAUUCCAUGGAAGGUCCGAUUCAACUUGGGCAAUAGCAGCAGACAAAUAACACAAUGCAGGAAUUCUAUACAGGGCAAGAUUCUCCUCACAGACGAAUUAGGAUAUGUGUGUGAGCGAAAGGACAUGUUGGUGAAUGGCUGCUGUAAUGUAAAUGCACCUAGUUCCCGCCAGUACAUUUGCAAAACCUGCCUGGCCAAUGGAUGCUGCAGCAUCUAUGAAUACUGUGUAUCUUGUUGCCUUCAACCUGACAAGCAACCUCUUCUGGAGCGCUUUCUCAACCGGGCUGCAGAGGGUUUUCAGAACCUCUUCACAGCAGUGGAAGAUCACUUUGAGCUUUGCCUAGCCAAGUGCAGAACUUCUUCACAAAGUGUUCAGCAUGAAAACACAUACAGGAACCCACAAGCCAAAUACUGCUAUGGAGAAAGCCCACCAGAGCUUCUGCCAAUAUGACCGAUUUGGACACCUCUCCAUCUGAGGCUUUCAAAUACCGGAAUAAUGAAGGACACUGGCUGAAGACGUAACACACCAGUCAAGACUCAUGAAUGUGUUACUCAAAUGGAAACUUGACUGAACAUUGUAUCACCGCUCACCCUCCCCCACCCGCCCAUUUCUAUCUGCAGUAGACUGAUGGGUGGGCUGAGGAAGUUUACAAAAAAAAAAAAAAAAACCUCAUGUCUGAAAGUGUACACUUCAUAAGUGCAUAGACUGCUUUCUUACUUCAUCAGAGAUGAGCCUUGUGUUUCGUUAGUACCCACAUAGCAGCUGGCCUGUGGGAAGAUCUAGGCUCACAUUUGACCCUGAUGUGCCAGGCCUGGGUUCUGAUCAGGACCAAAACGAUCGCAAUCAAUGGCUGAUGGGGUUGAAUUGUUGUAUUUUAUGUUUCUUACAUCAUGUCAUGGAAGAUGCUUUUUUUUGUGUGUUAAACUGGUGAAACCAUACUAAACAAAUGAGUUUGUUAUUGCCCUAUGGGAGAUUAUUGCAAACUACACAAGCAAUGGCCAUAUGUAACAAAUACAGUAUCUAGUAGAACAUAGUCAUUUUUUAUUUAAUAAAAAAACUGUGACAGAUCCAUA